AUGCAACUAAUCCCUCUAUUGUCAAAGGCGUUAGUGUUGAGCUUUGGAUUAUUUCAAGCUGUUCAAAGUGUGCCGACCUAUCCAUUUUCAGAUUCAAAUUCUUUUGUUGGACUAAAGGCUGGCCGAGCAAUUUACUUUCAAACAAACGAGCACACAAAUAGUAUCGUCGCUCUUAAAAUUCUUGAAAAUGGUACUUUAGUUGAAGGAACUAUUACAGCAACUGGCGGUUUAGGUGCUAGCUCUAUCAGUAGUGCCACGAAUAUCACAGCUAGUCCUGAUGGAUUGAGUAGUCAAGGGUCCGUCACGGUAGCAGGAACAACUCUCUUUGCUGUCAACGCUGGAGAUAACACGGUCUCCAUGUUUUCCAUUGAUGAGGUUGAGCCAACCAACUUAAAGCUUUUAGGAGGUCCUUCCAAAGUACCUGGAGAAUUCCCAGUAACUGUGGCUGCUUCUACUUUAAAUCGCUUGGUUUGUGUUGGAACUAGUGGAAAAAAGGCUGGGGUGUCUUGCGCACCGUAUUCACCCUACGUAGGUAUUGGUGAAUUAGACUUCCUCAGACCCUUCGAUCUUGAUCAAUCAACUCCACCUGUGGGUCCUUUGAACACUGUUUCCCAAACUUAUUUCUCAGCAGAUGAGUCUUUACUUAUAACUUCUGUGAAAGGUGAUAGCGCAAUAAACAAAACAGGGUUUGUCUCGGUAUACUCUGUCGUUGGUCCUUCUUUGCUUAGUCAAAGUAGGCUUUCCGCUGGCGAAAUUAGAAGUGUCGUGAAUGGGACAGGUGCAUUAUUUGGGUUGCAACAAAUUCCUGAGUCAGACAAUUAUUUCAUUGCUGAUGCUUCCUUUGGUGCUGCCAUCAUCUCAGUCAAUGAAAUGACUCAGGCUUCUGAGAUUCUUUUUAAGCAGGAUGUUCCACAACAGAUGGCUACAUGUUGGGUGGCAAUCUCUUCCUCUUCCAAUUCGGCUUUUGUCACUGAUCCAUUAGUAAACCACAUAGUAGAGAUGAGCUUGGCGGAUGCUUCUAUCGUCUCGGUUAUCAAUACGACAAGUAGUAAUGAUGCUACUGGUUACAUUGAUAUCGCUGCUGCUGGAGAUUAUGUUUAUGCUCUUUCACCCGGUAGCAAGAGUGGGUCGGGUGCUGAGAUUGGUGUUCUUUCAGUGUCAGACAGCCAAAACAAGUCUAUUAUCCAAUCUUUAAACGUCAACAAUUGGGCUGGAUCUAGUGCUCAAGGGUUAGCAAUCUAUCCAUAG